AUGGGGGAUGGUGCCGAGGUAGUGCCCUCUGACGAUGCAAGCCAAUGUGUUAGAGUUGUAAUAUUGCGGAUGACGGCGCCCCGGGACAGCGCCGGCAGCGCCGCGCAGGUCGGCUUCUACAAAGUGGACGCUGGGGCUGAGGCUACCCCGACCGGACUGCGGGGCGCGAUCAGGGGGCAGAGGGUGCCGGCCAAGGACGGCCGCAGCGCGCAGCUCCGCGCCAACUCCAGGCCGGUCUCUGACCUGCACGAGGAGGACGCCGAGGAGCUCGACGAGGACGACCUUCCGAGAGGCCGCGGGCGUGGCCGGGGACGAGCUGGCUCCCGACGCCCCUCUGCGGAUGACGACCACGACCUGGGCCACCAAAAGCAGCCCGGCUACAAGCCCUUCGGCGGCGCAGAGAUAGCGCCCAGGGCACCGUCUAAGCAGAGGCCGCAGGACCACAGUGAGGACGAGGAGAGCGCGGAUUUUGGCGAGGCUUCGAGCAGUGGCGCUAGCGAUGGUGGUGGGCACGGCGGUGACCACGACGACUACCAGGGCGACUCUGGUGCGCACGAGGAGGACCACGCCGACCACGGCCACGCGGAAGACGCCGGGGACCACGCCGAGGCAGGUGCGUACAAGGAGGACGACGGUCACGCCGAGGACGACCACGCACAAGAGGCGCCGCACUCCGUCAGCGACAAGCUCAAGAAGGACGACGUGAAGCACGCAGAAGACGACCAUGACGGGCACGCUGUCGGCGACCACCACAGUGGCGGUGCGAAGGCGGCCGCCAGCACGGAGAGCGAGGACUACCACCACGGCCACCACGGUCACCGUGAGCACCACGGCCCAAAAAGUGUUGCAGCAGGGGGUGAGCAGAAGCACAAGGCUGAGCACCACAAGGCAACAGGCAAGAAGGCCGCCAAGGGCUUCAAAAAGAAGGAGGCCCACGACAGCGCCGAGGCUGGCAAGCACGGCAAGGAAAAGCACAGUGAGAGCAGCAAGGCCAGCAAGGGCCACAAGAAGGCACACCUGGACCAGGACGGCAAGUACGCCGAAAAGCACGCCACAGAAAAGGGAAAAACGGGUGCUGAUUUCGCCGACAAGGCCAAGCACAAGAAGGGUCACUCCACCAAGGGCUUCCGCACCGUGCACCGCAAGGACGAGUUCAAGAAAGACGAGACUUUCUACGACGAGUCGGACAACCAGGGCCACCACGCCAAAAAGGGCGCCGUCGAGAAGCACCACAGCGGCAAGGAGGGUGACAAGAAAGAGAAGAAGCACCUGGACGCGGCGCACGAUGUGGGUAAGGCCAAAAAGGAGGGCGAGACGGACCACGGCAAGCACCACGCCUCCAAGAAGGGCCGCCACGGCGAGGAGCACGAGGAGUCCAAGCACGCGUCCGCGGCCAAGACGGCCAAGGAGGCUGCCUCCAAGGCGGCGCACAAGGCGGCGCACCACAAGAAGGGCCGCGACGACCACUACUAGCGCGCCGCUCGAGCGCUCCCGUUGCAUCGCGUUAGGGCCGCGGGCCGGCCGCAAGACGAAUCGGCCACAGUCGCGCUCCAUUGGCGGGGACCUGGACCGGACCGCGAGGGGACGGCGAGGGGACGUCCCCAGGGCGCCGUGAAGGUUACCUCUUUAUCGAAUUACCGCGAGGGUCGGUUGCUUUCCUUCGCCGCUAAACGCAUCAUCAGGUUGGUGGGAGGGGAGGGGAUGGUGGGUUUGAGAAGGGUGAGGGAAGGAGGGGGCUCUUUUUGGUGCCCGUAUCCAUGUCCAUUCUAGUCUUUUUUUCUCUUGGUUGGCUUGUUAUUGUUAGUUCUAGACGCAGCCUUUUGUUGUUUUGUUUGUGUUAAUUGGUUGUGUUUGUCGCAUGUAAUGUGUUAAGUUUAUUAUCUCUGCUUCUCGAUCUUUUUUGUUGUGUGUCUGUUUUUGUUAAUUUAUUGCAUUUUUUGGUCGAUCGACAUUGUUGUUGUUUUUUGCACUGUCG